AUGGAAGAAAUACUAACGAAGACUUUGCUGGGCAACAAUAUUGGGCUGUGCUUGGUGGCUGAGGUUGUGUUGGAUGUGAUGAAGCUUAAAACAUGGCUAUCGAGUGUUUUGUUGCUCACUGUUGGUAUUCUUGCCACUACAUUAGGAGCGUAUGUGGGGGUAAACAUUGGCACUGAUGUUUCUGAUCUGCCAUCUGCUUCUAAUAUAGUUGACAUUCUACAAGCUAAUCAAAUUACUCAUGUGCGUCUGUAUGAUGCUAAUGUGCACUUACUACAUGCCCUUUCAAACACAAGUAUUGAAGUAAUUGUUGGUGUCACCAAUGAGGAGGUACUGAGGAUUGGAGAAUCUCCAUCAGCAGCUGCAGCCUGGAUUAAUAAAAAUGUUGUUGCUUAUGUCCCGUCCACCAAUAUCACAGCAAUAGCAGUUGGCAGUGAGGUUCUUUCCACAAUCCCAAAUGUCGCCCCUGUUCUGGUUCCUGCCAUGAAUUCUCUUCACAAAGCCCUGGUUGCUGCAAACCUUAACUUCCAGGUCAAAGUUUCAACUCCCCAAUCCAUGGAUAUUAUCCCAAGGCCUUUUCCUCCUUCUACUGCCAGCUUUAACUCAUCAUGGAACAGUACUAUAUAUCAACUCCUUCAGUUUUUGAAGAACACCAAUUCCUCCUACAUGUUAAAUGCCUACCCUUAUUAUGGAUACACUAAAGGAGAUGGUAUUUUCCCUAUUGAAUAUGCCCUUUUCCGACCUCUCCCUUCAGUGAAGCAAAUUGUUGACCCAAACACUCUGUUUCAUUAUAACAGUAUGUUUGACGCUAUGGUGGAUGCUACCUACUACUCUAUAGAAGCCUUAAAUUUCAAUAAUAUACCCAUUAUUGUAACAGAGACUGGCUGGCCAUCAUUGGGUGGAGCUAAUGAACCAGAUGCUACUGAAGAAAAUGCCGAGCUCUACAUUAACAACAUGAUUCAACGGGUCAUGAAUGGUUCAGGCCCUCCUAGUCAACCAAACAUAGCCAUCAAUACAUAUAUAUAUGAAUUGUUUAAUGAAGACAAGAGGAAUGGGCCCAUAUCAGAAAAAAAUUGGGGCAUCUUUUAUGCUAAUGGGAGUAGUGUUUAUCCUCUGAGUUUUGGUGCUUCUGACCAAAUUACUGGAAAUUCUUCAGGAGUCUUUUGUGUGGCUAAAGAUGGAGCAGACACUGAUAAGCUGCAAGCUGGCCUGAGCUGGGCAUGUGGACAGGGAGGAGCAAAUUGUGCUGCAAUUCAACCGGGGCAGCCAUGCUAUCUCCCCAAUAAUGUUAAAAGUCAUGCCUCUUAUGCUUAUAAUGAUUAUUAUCAGAAAAAGCAUAGUGGUGGUGGAACUUGCGACUUUGAUGGUACCGCAACAAUUACUUCUAAGGAUCCUAGUUUUUCAUCCUGUAUAUUUACCGGAAGUUCAAACUCGAGCACUGGUGCAUUGAGUAUACCUCCAACGGCACUUGGACCUUCAAGCCCCUUUGGUGGAAGUAUGAAACUGCGAGUGUGUAGCCUUAAGUAUUUGAUAUCUGCAAUUGUUGUACUUUUGGCUCUAUAA